CACACACAACAACAAUUCUAAAAUAACAAUGGGUGUGCAUAAUAUACAGAUAAUUUUUGAUGAUCCAACAGCAGUAUUUACACCAGGUCAAACCAUUACUGGACGAGUCUUAAUUGAGAUUAGUAGAUCUGUGAAAAUCAAAAAUAUAAAAUUGAAAUUCCUAGGAGUAGCUAAUGUUGAUUGGUCUGAGACUGAAUCUCGGACUAACAGUGAUGGCCAAAGUGAAAACCAUUCAGUUAGUUAUACUGCAAGAGAAGAAUAUCUUAAGAGUAAAAUGUUUUUGGUUGGUGAAAAAGGUGAAUUCCAGUUGGAAGUUGGUGAAUAUAUUUAUCCAUUUAAUUUUUCUUUACCACAUCAAUUACCAUCAACAUUUAAAGGUCGACAUGGGAAAGUAUGUUAUACUGCAAAAGUUAAAAUUAAUAUACCUUGGAAAAUGAAUAAAGAGAAAGAAAUAAUGUUUAAAAUUAUUUCUUCUAUAAAUUUAAAUGAAGAUCCAUCAUUAGCUGAACCCAAGAAAGAAAUAAAAGAGAAGUUUUACUGUUGCUGUUUUUGUAAAUCAGGUCCUUUGGCAUUGAUAGUAUGCAUCCCUUAUAGUGGUUUUGUACCCGGACAAUGUAUACCAGUUACAGUUGAAUUGGAUAACAACAGCAACGUGGACGUAGAUACUAUUAAAAUAAAACUGGAUAGAGUAGUGCAAUUUAAAGCACGGUUUCCAAGUAGUAAAACAAAGUCUGAACUAUUCAAGAUUGGAAAUGUAUACAUAGAUGGUGUAAAAAAACACACUUCAAAGACACGCAUGGAACAACUUCAAAUUCCAAAUAGUUUAGAGAUACCCAAUUUAAAGCAUUGUGGAAUUAUAACUGACACAUAUUUUUUAAAUGUUGAGGCUUGUGUUAUUGGUACACAUUUAAAUGAAGUAGCUUCUCUUCAAAUAAUAUUAGGUAAUAUACCAUUGACAAUAGCUAGCAAUGUUCAUCAAUUUGAUUAUUCUUUUCAACCAUCCAAUCAAUAUUGUUUUUCAAAUGAACUAAUUCCAACAAAUUCUUUAUCAUCUACUGGUCUUAAUGGUUCAGUUUUGGUUCCUGGAUAUGCUCAAUUAGAAGUGCCAAGAAACCAACCAUGUACUAUGGCACACAAUGCGUCUUCUCAAAAUCUAGAAAAUAAUAUGAUUCUUACACAAAAUUAUUCAUCGAACAUUCAAUUAACUAAAUUCUUGGAUCCACCACCACCAUAUCAAUUUUCAGAUCCAAAAACUACAUCUGAAAUUCCUACAACUUCUUUUAAGCAAUAUGGCCUGAUUUAAUAAAAUUAGGGCCAAGUGCACUAUUUUUUUAGGGCCCUCCAAGUCAAAAAAAUGUUCUAGAAAAAAUCUACAUAGAGGGGGGAGGGGAAUUGUUGAUAAUAAUAAAAAAAAUAUUUGCAUGUUGUUAAAAGUGUUAAAUACCUAUCUCAAAACUUGUAAAAUAUUUGUACUAUAUUUCAUGUACUAUAAAUAGAAUUUAGUUAUUUGGUCUAGUAAAUUAAGGGCAACGAAAAGAUAAUACUAAUUAAAUUACAUAACAAAAUUAUAAUAUAUUAAAAUAUUAAAAAUACUUAAGAAUCUUAUUAUAUAAAUUUAAAUUUAAAUAAUUAAUCUUCCAUAAAAUUAAUAAAAUUGUAAAAUAACUUAUUAAUUAAUAAUUUAUUUUAUAUAAUUAAAAUGAAAUAAAAAAUGAUCAAUUUCCAUAAUUUCUAUUUUUAUAACAUUUUCUUAACCUUUUUAUUAUUAUUAUUUUAAUAUUUUGUGAUGGUAACUAAUAAGCACUAGGAUGUGGAAUGACAAAAAUAACCAAAAUUCAACUGACAAUUAAAUGAUAAAAAUAUACCUACUGAACUCUGAACAUUGAACACAUUGACAGUUGAUAUUACAUUUUACAAAAUAAAUUGUUGUGGAAUUAAUUUAAAAAAAAAACAAUUUUCUACAACAUACGGAUACCGGGGCCACCCAUAAAUUGGGAGCCAAGUGCAAGUGCUCCAUCUGCAUUUGAGUAAAUCAGGGCCUGUAGUAAUGUUGAAUGGCUCAAGACAAAUCUUGUACGACUUGCUUUCAAUCAAUAAUCAGAUAAUUCUGGGGUGAUAUUUAGUAGUUUAUUAUAUUAAUUCAUAAAUGAUUUUAUUAUGAAUACUGUUCAAUGAUAUGUUUUAAAUAUUUUUAUUAAGACUUUUAAUCAAGAAUUUAUAAAUUAUAUAUUAAUGUUAUUUUAUAAAAAUAUGUUAAUAUUGCACAUGAUAAAGUUAGUCAUAAACAAGUGAGAAUUUUUUUUAAAUAUUAAAUAAAAAAAAAAUGUUGUCUUUAA